UACAUACAUGACAUAAAAUACACACAUCAAUAUAAAUGCAAAAUGCAAGCAGAAAGAAAAAAUAUUAUUAAAUUAUUGUGAGGUGUAGGCCAAUAUCAUUGGUCAGGCCUAGCCUAGAUAUAUGUGGAUUGACAGUACAGGAGGGCAUACUCUGACCAAUAUAAUAUUAUUGUAUGUGAAACUCACAUAAUAUUGGUCUAAAUUGGGUGCCAUUUUAUUGAUUAGGGGAUGAUGUAGCCUAAUAAUUGCUGUGAUGAGUUAUGCACAUAGAAUUAGAAUGUUCAAGGGAUUCUAAUUCUAAGGGGAUGCGUUUUAAUUGACUAUCAUGUUCAAAACCCAGUAUCCUGCAUCAUAAUAAAAUGAUGUCAUAAUUGCAUUCAAUUCUCAUCAUAGGUUCUAACCUCUGUGUUGGAGUGCAAACAGAUUAGGCUACUCAUAAAGAAAGGACUUGAAGCAUACUGAUGAUCCUAAAUUAACUGUGAAAUGUUUGAAUUAUUCGCCAUUUCAUCUCUUGAAUAAUUGUCCACAUUCAAGACAGUCAUCAUGGACUGUUUCUGUUUUCCUGCUCCAAUGAGAGUACAAUACCUUACUAGGCAGCCCACCGAGUCUCAGAAAGUGGGUCUCUUCAGAGAGAAGGUGACUCUGAUGUGGGAGGCUAUCAAAGUCCUGAAGAGUGACCAGGAAGCCAUGAUGGCUCAGCUCAAAAAGAGCCAGAAGAAACAGCAGAAGGAUGAGGAGCUGUUGCAUAAAAGCCAAUGGAAGCAGGGGAAGGACAACCAGCAACUCUGUUUGGUCAUCAGAAGGCUGGAGAAUAAGGUAGAUGUGGUGACCAAGGAGCUCUGGGCAGAGCUGAAGAGACUGGGAGAGCUGAUUGAGGAGAACAAGAAUGGUGCGGGCGACUCCUCAGCCUCCUUGAAACCUUGUUGGGAAUUCCCCAUUCCAGUGCCUCCCACUGGCCAGCCUAGGCCUACGUCAGGACGGCAUCAGUACUACGCCCAAUACCCAUGUGUCCCACACGUCAGAUCUGCAACCAACCAGAGUGUGUCUCAGACAGGCAGCUCACGUGUCCUCCCAGCUGGCCAGAGACUCCACAGACGCUCUCCUGUCCUACCCCCACUGGUUGAUCCUCCCAUGCCUAUAACACAUUGGUUUCCUGAUCUCUCUCCUCCCAAACGCCCUCUGCCGUUGCCACCUGCUAUUCUUGAGGAGCUAUACACAGACACAUCCUCAGACCCAGCCUUUAGACAGGAAAAGGUCAUUGAGGAGAUGAUGAAGAUACUAGAAGAGGAGAGGGAGAAGGAUAGGGUGGAUAUACUUGCGGUGGUGGAAAAAGAGAUGGAGAAAAAAUUGAAGAAAUUGCAGAGGGAGUCUCCAGCACAUAGAAUCCAGAAAACGGAGCAGGAAAUGGUAGAGAUGAUGAAGGCAAUAGAAAAAGAGAGGGAGUUGGAUAGGAUUGAGAUACUUGAAAUGGUGGGAAAAGAGAUGGACAGAAAAUGGAAGAAGAUGCAGAAUGUAGGUCAGAAAGAGAAGUGAUUUGGACUGAAUUACCCAGAUAAUUUGGAAGAAAACGUAAGAUAUUAGAGAUGACACGCAAGAGGAUGAGGAAAGGAGAGAAGAAAUUAACGGAAUAUCAUAAAGCGAUUAAAAGCUAACAAACAGAAACAAAUUGUCCUCCGUCUUCUUAUUGUCUCGGCCUUUAGGCC